AUGGCUACCCCGCCAGACCACCCGCCAUCGGCGCUCGAAGACUCCAUCGACUUCGCGAGCCCCCGAUCACCAGGAGAGUUAUCUGAUUCAGACGAUGAGUCCCCAGCUGGUAGCCCUUCACCGGAGACCUCAAAUACCCUACGAUUACCCUCCCUCCGAUCUACCUCCAACCCUCAAAACACUCCCUCGAUGAACCCCUCCUCCACUCCUUUAGGUUUAUUACAAAACGCACGAAGACCAAACCUACCCCCUUCCAGCCUAUCCAGCAUGAGAGGUCCACAAAGAAAUACGGGCGGAGCACUACCUGAAAGCAUGGAGGCAAAGAUGAGAGCUUUCCACCUGUCACGACAAGGCACACCUCCAUCCCGUCCUCAAAUGGGUGCUCAAUCAGUAUCUGUUGGUUCAGGUCCUAUCGGAGGUCAACCAAAUAUUGGCGGCGGCGCAAUCGCAGGACUUCCUCCCGGAUUGAGAUUACCCCCAAAUUUGGCUCGCCCCCAAGCUCAUAAUUUCGUAUCUGCUCCAGCAGUUCCUAAGAUGAGUUUGAGCGACCGACGCAAGAUGAAGCUCCCAGGUGGACUACCAGGCGCAGACUCAAGCACACCAAACCUCGGUACCAAUGGAAAUGCUGCCCCACCAAGUAACCAAUCCGGAAAUGCGUUCGACCAAUUCUCCAAAUACGUGGAUACCAAGAAGGGCGAAUUGAGAUUUCCUGACAAGGCUAUCAUCAGCAGUCAAGGCGUUGAGUUCAGUUCUGGUAGCACCUUCAGCAUCUCGUUAGAUGAGGUUGAUACAUUGGAUGAAUUGGGCAAGGGCAAUUAUGGUACCGUCUACAAGGUCCGCCACAGUCGACCACGGAUGCGCCGACCAGGUCUAGGACUUGCUGGCAACAAACUCUCGUCCUUCGCCCCAAUCACCCCCUCUCCAGAGAAAGACUUGAGUCUCGAUUCAUCCCCAAAGAGUGGUGGUGGCACUGGUGUUAUCAUGGCUAUGAAGGAGUUGCGACUUGAGCUUGAUGAGGCCAAGUUUGCCGCCAUCAUCAUGGAACUCGAUAUUCUUCACCGAUGUUUGAGUCCAUACAUCAUCGACUUCUAUGGCGCUUUCUUUCAAGAAGGUGCUGUCUACAUUUGCAUCGAGUUCAUGGACGGUGGUUCUAUUGACAAGCUGUAUGGAGAUGGUAUUCCCGAGAACGUCCUGAAAAAGAUCACCUAUGCCACUACGCAAGGCUUGAAGACUUUGAAGGAUGAUCACAAUAUCAUUCAUCGUGAUGUCAAGCCUACCAAUAUUCUUGUCAACACGAAAGGCCAAGUCAAGAUAUGUGACUUUGGUGUCAGUGGCAACUUGGUCGCUAGCAUUGCAAAGACAAACAUUGGCUGUCAAUCCUACAUGGCCCCGGAGCGAAUCAGUGGUGGUGGUAUGUCUCAAGCUGGUGCCAAUCCUGGCGGUGGAACCUACAGCGUUCAGAGCGAUAUCUGGAGUUUAGGAUUGACUAUCAUCGAGUGUGCUUUGGGAAGAUAUCCGUAUCCACCGGAAACUUAUAACAAUAUCUUCUCGCAAUUGAGCGCAAUCGUUGAUGGCGAGCCUCCGGAUCUCCCAGCUGAGGGAUACUCUGCCGCUGCCCGAGACUUCGUCAAGGGUUGUCUGAAUAAGAUCCCCAAGCUGCGACCUACGUACGGUGCUCUACUCGCACAUCCAUGGCUCCUAGAACUAUCCAAGCCGGUUACGAUCUCGGAAGAAGAUGAGGAAAUGGCCGAAGUCAAUGCCGAAACUACCUAUACUGGUGGUGUUGGCGAUCAUAAGGUGAUGGGUGCAGGCCGAGGAACUGAGGAUGCUGAAGUUGCUGAAUGGGUCAAGAAUGCCAUUGAGCGCAAGAAGAAUGGCCUGAUGGGUGAGAGCAAGAAGCCUGCUUUGCAUGCUGCACCGCUCGAUACCGUCAGUCCUGCUGCUAGUCCCAGUAUUUGA